CCCAGUUAGAAAUACUGUCGGUCUCCCUGGGUAUAUAACGCGGGUCACUCCGCCUCCUAUUGUCAUUCACCAAGUCUGUCUCCAGACCAGGAAAAAUUCCAAUCAUCUGCUAUCUUCGUACUCGAAGCACUGCAUUUGGCCUUUUUCAAAAUGUCGAACCAAAACGUCGAACCAGACAUUGCUGAUGAGAAAGCCGCACAUCUUGAGGCCCGGGUCGAAGAUGUCGGCUACCAAGGGCCUCUAACGGAAGCACAGCAGAAGCGGAUCAUACGUCGCAUAGAUUACAGGCUCCUCCCGAUCCUAGGCAUCAUGUACUCAAUAUCCCUGGUUGACCGAACCAACCUUGGUCUCGCCAUGGUUGCUGGUAUGUCAGAGGAUCUUGGGCUCACGAUUGGGAACCGAUACACAAUUAUCGUCAUGAUUUUCUUUGUAACAUACAUCAUCUUCGAGAUCCCAAGUAACCUAGUGCUCCCCAAAGCCGGAGCUGCAAACUGGCUAGCCUUUCUAGGAGUCUCAUUUGGAUGCAUCCUUAUCGGAAUGGGCUUCACCAAAAGCUGGCAAACAAUGGCCGUCUGCAGAGCUUUACUGGGUAUGGCAGAAGCUGGGUUCCUACCAGGCUGUACUUACCUCAUUACUUGCUGGUACAAACGAUACGAGGUCGGAAAACGUCUGUCAGCUUUCUGGAUCUUGUCAUGUCUCACCACCGGAUUUGCCGCCAUUUUUGCAUAUGCUCUUUCAUUGAUGAAAGGGAUCGGCGGUCUCAACGGAUGGUCUUGGAUCUUUAUCAUCGAGGGCUUGGUCACGGUGGUUGUUUGCACUGUUGGCUGGUUCAUCAUCAUCGAUUUUCCGACCAAAGCCGACAAGUUUCUUUCCCCAGACGAGAAGGAAUUCGUUAUUCAGCGGAUUAAUGCUGACCGAGGAGAUGGUGAAGAGGAUCCCAUUACGCUUGCUGUCAUCUUACACCAUCUGAAGGAUUGGAAGCUGUACUUUUGGGCGUUUAAUCUGAUGGCAUCGACCAUGCCAGGCUACGCCUAUUCAUACUUCUUGCCGAUCAUUUUGAGAAGAGGCAUGGGCUUCUCAUCAACCGAAAGUCAGCUCCUGAGUGCUCCACCCUAUGUACUGGCUGCUGUUAUAGCAUACUGCUCAGGCUGGCUGGGCGACAAGUACCGGAUCCGAGGCCCAAUCAUUGCAGCGCAUCAGAUUCUGACUGCUACUGGAAUGCUGAUAACAGUCUUUGCCAAAGGAAAUGGUGCGAGAUAUUUUGGCGCAUUUCUAGGGAUCGGGUUCCUGCAGUACUGUGUCCCUGGUGUCCUCACGUACCAGGCCAAUAACAUCACUCGUCAAUCUAAACGGUCGGUCGCAACAGCAAUUUGCAUCAUUGGUGGCGGCAUGGGUGGAAUUGUUUCUGGGGUUGCCUUCAAAUCCAGCGAAAGUCCGACGUACCAGACAGGUGUAUGGACCACUCUUGGGUUGUCACUCACGAGUGUAGUCUUGAUUGCCAUCAUGUCAUUUCAUUUCUAUCGAUGCAACAGUGCAGUUCGACAAGGGAAGAGGACAAACGAGGAAAUAGAAGGCUGGUUUUACACAUAUUGAUGUCGCAGGUAAGUAGCAGACUAGCGGAGCCUAUUUACCCGCUAAUAAGGUCGCUGCCUAUCAACAUGGACAAUAGGCACUGAAGAAUGUGGUUGUCUGAGGAGUGUGGCAAAGGAUUGCGAAGAAAAAAAGGGGAGAGUAUGAAGUAGAAUGAGGAAUGAAAAUGCUGAUCAGGCAUGGAGAGGAACAUAAUUGAGUAACCGUAUUGUGCAAGAGGCAGAAUCUCGUCCAAAAUCGUGCAUAGUAUGGAUCCUGCG